AUUAACGCUAAUUACUUUAUAAUCUUCACUACAAAUAUUUAAAUCAAGAAAAAAUCAUAAAUUUAUAAAUAAGAGCCCAGAGAUUGAUUGGACCGGCAGCUUAAGAAGCCCAUUGGGACUAAUAGAUAAUCCAGAGAUGUGAAGUGGACCGGCCUUUUUCAUCUCACCCUGCAACCUAUGUUCCAAAGUCUCAACAUAGCAUGGAUUCAUCUUCCCAUAUUCCCUUCUGGUUCUGGCGCCACCCUCUCUCUGGUUUUUUACAUUCAUUCAUUUAUUCAGACUCAAAAGCUUCGGUGGCAAACUCAGUGUCACUUCCGUUGCAGGACGGAGGAAAAUCAACCGUUUUGUUUCAUCCCUUUUAAGCUUCCGGAGUACAGCACUUUGUGCAAACAGAAAGCUGGAAAUGGGUGUGGAGACACACUCUGCAGAAUGGAUGGAGGAGAACGUGGAGGAGGCCCUGCUUGAGGUAGUUUUUUUCAUAUUCACAUUUGUUUUUACGUAGAUAGAGCUGUUUAGUCACUAGUUCAUCUACUAUGCAAUUGAAAAAAAAACAGCAUUCUGGUACAAUGGAUAUUUGAUUUAAUAAAUUUGAGAUUUUUAC